AUGACUGCCACUACACUUCCCCGGCGGGUUUUCCUCAUUAGCGUCCCGCGCUCAGCAUCCCAUCUUCUUCUGAAGAUCGUGGACAUCCACAACCAGCCCAAGUUCUUAACCAACGAACAAGGAGGCUACUUCUUCUUCCCAGCCUUUGCGCCCGCCAUCCACGGCGGGUAUGCCGACAAGCCACUGAACGAGUGGACAAGCGCCCAAAAGGAAGAAAUCAAGGCAUCAUUUCAUGGUUGCGUCUCAAGUUUGGAAGAGUACUCCGAACGGGCGCAGAAAGAGGACAAAGCCAUGUUCAUCAAGGAACAUGCAUACUGGUUCAUGAACCCGGCAGUCAUGUAUGAAAUGAUGACGGGAAAUGAAGACCCGGAGCUCUUCAAAACGUUUCAGCUGCGCUUAUCCGAGAGCUAUGACCCACAGAGCUUCUCGCCCUCGAACAAGACUGUUCUGCCGGAUGAGUACCUCCGCAGCUGGCAAGUGGCAUUUAUCAUCCGUCACCCGGCAUUAGCAUGGGCGUCGAUGUAUCGCGCCAUGACCAAGAUCAAGGGAUUCGGAGGCAUGGGCGAUAAGGAGUUCAUGGGGGUGUGGAAGACGAACACGACGCUGCGGUGGACCCGCAUGGUGUAUGACUGGUGCUUGGAACAGGGUACUCAGCCUGUUCUGGUGGAUGCGGAUGAUGUUACUCAUAAUCCGGCCGCGGUGAAGCGCUUUUGUGAGCUCACGGGAUUAGAUCCUGAGAAGAUGCAGUACGAGUGGAGUGAGGAGACGGUCAAGGGAACUGGUCCGGGUAUGCAUGACACUGAAAAUGAGCACUAUGAGAUGCAGAUCAAGAUCAACUGUGUCAUGCGCUCUACAGUUGAUGCGUCGUCGGGGAUUGUUAAGGAUAAGACGCCGACGGGUCCUAUUGAUAUUGCUGUGGAAAUGGAGAAGUGGAAGGCGGAGCUUGGGGAUGAAGCUGCGCAGCUUUUGCACGAGGCUGUUUUGGAGUCCAUGCCGGACUACGAGUAUCUCAAGGAGCGGCGGAUUAUUGUAUAA